AAAUCAAUCUCGCUCUCGGUGAUACAGUAAUAAGAGCAAGUCGGCUCCGAGUCCUUUCUUAUUUAUGCCUGUAGUCAGUGUGAGUCCGCAUGGCGAUCUGAUCCUGACGUCGUGGCGCCCUAUCGGUUUUUAUCUUGAAAGCUGACAAUUCGGGCGUCUCUCUACAUAAAAAGCCUCAUUUUAUGCUUCUUUCUGAAGACCAAAUCUUUCUGUUCAACCAGCUCUCGUCUGCUCUCCACGAUAUACAAUUCCCUUUUCCUUCCUUCGCCGGGUAAAAAUUCUCCCCUCUUCCAGUCCAACACCUGUUUGUACACUUGCUGCACAUCUGGUUCAAAUUUUCUUGCCUUGGAUUAGCGAGCAUUUCCCUCUUUUGAUCCUGGAUUGUCCAUCCUUUCAUGUUUCCUUUAUCUUUUCCUAUCUAUCUUCUUUCUCCAUUCUCGUUGCAUGUGCUAUCUCACACUGGCUAGCUAGCUUCUCCCAUGCUGCUCUAAAUCAUCAAGCUAAGUGAUUUUGUUGAAAUCAGGGCUGCUUCUGAUUGCUGUUUCCCCUCCUGGUAUAGAUGUUUUACCUUGAACUGUUUUGUCAGCAAGUAAUUGGUGGGUUGGUUUGUUAAAUGUUAAAGAUGAAAUUUAUGCUUCUAGUAGAUACAUGGAUUCGGAUAAGGUCUUUGAAUUUAUGUUAAUUGUUUCUUUUUCAGCUCUCUACUUUUCCGAUUAUAGGUGAUGAAAUAUGAUGUUUGCAUUUAACUGCUGCACCGAAUUUGAGAGUAAACUUGCUCCACUUAAGUUCCCCCCCAAACUGUGGUGGCGUUUGCAUUAAUGAGCUUGCUUCCAGGUAAUUAAUGAUCAAAUUCAACAACAGUGGAAGUCACAGCAGACUCAGGCUUCCUAGGUUUUAUGGCCUUGACUGGGAUUUGUGCAAUUUGUGAGAGAAGAGACUAUUUUAGAUUUUAGAGGCAUACAAAAUACUCUACAUAAGAGAACUGAGAGAAACUACUACAAGAGAACUUUUGGUAUGGAAUCAAACUGGACAAAAUACAGGAAACCCUUGGCAUUUACCGAUCAAGUGAUUCGAUCUGCAACUUCUUUUAUGGCUUGGUCCCUUAAAAUCCCUAUAAGUGAUAGCCGUCAUGGAUUUCUUUGAUCAAGUAUUCAUUGUUUACAAGGUCCUGAAAGAUUCUACGGAGAUAUAAUGAAUUACAAGAAUCGUCUCCAUCUCGAUUCAUUUAUAGAAAAUGCCUGGUUUUGCGAGUAAGAAGGGAUUCUUAGACACAAGCAUGUCUUUCUUCACUUUGAUCACACAAGAUAAUCCUCCAGUGCAUUCAAAGAGCAACCCUGUAGUAGAUUCAAGGGUUGCUCAUGAUAUUGAUGGUCUCAUUGUACCUGGAUUGCCCGAUGAUGUGGCGAAGUAUUGCCUUGCACUUGUUCCUCGCCGCUACCUCCCAGCUAUAGGUGCUGUUUGCAAGAAAUGGAGGUCAUUUCUUAGAAGCCAAGAGUUCAUCACUGUGCGAAAAUUAGCUGGCUUGCUUGAGGAAUGGCUAUAUGUCUUAACUAUGGAUUCUGAAAGAAAAGAAAGCCACUGGGUGGUUUUGGACCGUUUGGGACACAAACGCCAGCUUCUUCCACCAAUGCCUGGUCCUACAAAGGCUGGGUUUGGGGUUGUUGUUCUAAACGGAAAGCUUCUUGUUAUGGCUGGUCAUUCAUUGAUUGAUGGGACCGGCACUGCAUCAGCAGAUGUUUAUGAAUAUGAUUGCUGCCUCAACAGUUGGACUAAAUUGUCAAGAAUGAAUGUUGCCCGGUAUGAUUUUGCCUGUGCAGAGGUUAACGGCAAGGUUUAUGCUGCUGGGGGAUAUGGAAUGGAUGGAGAUAGUCUCUCCAGUGUUGAGAUGUAUGAUCCUGACACUAACACAUGGACCAUGAUAGAGAGUCUUCGCCGCCCAAGAUGGGGUUGCUUUGCCUGUGGCUUUGAGGGCAAGCUUUAUGUCAUGGGAGGAAGGUCAACCUUCAGCAUAGGCAAUUCAAGGUCUGUGGACGUGUAUACUCCAGAAAGGCACAGCUGGUGUGAGAUUAAGAAUGGUUGUGUGAUGGUUACUGCCCAUGCUGUUCUGGGAAAGAAACUCUUCUGUAUGGAGUGGAAGAACCAGCGGAAACUAGCAAUAUUCAAUCCAGAGGAUAGUUCUUGGAAAACGGUAGCUGUUCCAUUGACAGGGAGCACAAGUAUUGGUUUCCGUUUUGGAAUCCUUGAUGGGAAACUUCUGUUGUUCUCUCUACGGGAAGAGCCAGGCUAUCGAACUCUGCUGUAUGAUCCUGAUGCUUCUCCAGGUUCCGAAUGGUGUACUUCUGAGAUAAAGCCUUCUGGAUGCUGCUUGUGCAGCGUUACCAUAAAGGCAUGAAAUGAUGCUCUUACACGGAUUGAUCUGUUCGUUUAUAGUCCUCUUGUAUAUGCCUCAUGUUUCUCCGUUUUAAUUACACAUGUAGGGUUGUAGAGCUGCUAGCCCUCCACAGUCCACACCCAGUUCAAAUCUUGACUGCCAAGGGCAACCAAGCAGCCUGUAGGCCCUGUACGCUUCAGUUCAGAAGUUAAAAGUAGAUAAUAAUAUUAAUAUCGAUGUUUUAUUCACUAUCUAUUAAAU